GUUAUGCAGCGCUUAAUGACGCGCAGAUAUUAGGCUGUCCGUAAAUAUGCCUGAACGGAAAAGCUGCACAGGACCCCGAUUCCGCGUUUGUCCCUAACACUACUGAUUGAUCUAACAAGAUGACUGUAGAGGUUGAGAGAAAAUUCGUCUGUGAUGCAGAAAUUAUGGGGAAACUACAAGAUAUUGGAGCUGAAUGCAUUGGUCAGCGGCAGUUCCGAGACCAGUACUUCGACUCACCAGAUUUCAUCCUCACGCUGAAAGAUUUCUGGCUGAGAUGCCGAGAGGGAUUGUGGGAGUUGAAAUGCCCUGCAGUUUCAGGAACUACACCUGAUAAUGACACUGAGACCCUUUGUACACGAUACAGAGAGAUAACCAGUCUCCCUCUGAUUCAAUCAGAAGUCAGCAAGAUAAUCAGGGAACACACCGCUGAAGGGAGUGAAUCAAAUUCCUCACAAAGGGAACAAAUUGACAAAGUCGCAGAAAAUGAGGACACCGAGAUCUGUACAGCAGAUGACACAAAGUGGCUGAAUGACCUCAAUCUGGUCUGUUUUGCCGAGUUCAAGACCGAGCGCUGCUCUUACACGCUAGAGAGGGUGGCCGGUGCAGUGCGGGUGGAUCUGGACCAGGCUGAUUUCGGAUAUUGUGUGGGAGAGAUUGAGGUUCUGGUGCCUGAAGGAGGUGACAUGAAUGCAGCUCUGCAGAGGAUUACAGGCAUUGCUGUAGAACUGGGUUUAAGCUGUGAGAAGAAAGUAAAGGGGAAAAUGGAUGUUUACCUUCAAAGAUAUCGACCUGAACACUAUGCAAAGCUUCUUAGUGCUCAUAUUUUAUAAGGAAUCACUAGUGUAACAUAUAAUUUGUAGUUUUUAAAUUCUGUUUCAUUUAUGAUUCAUCCUUAAUGCUCAUAUUUUAAUGAGAAAAUAAGCACUGGGAACAUAAUUUAUAGUGUAUUAUUGUGAUUAACAAAUAUAUUACUUGUGUUUACGUGAGGUAAAGAUUAAUACAGAAAUAACACAGUAGCCAAUUUAAAAAAUAUAUAGUAUAUAGGUAGUUAUAUAUCAUGGCAGUUUGGGUCAGUUAAACCGAUAUCUGAUUAAAAAUAUGAAUACCUUAUAAGUAUCUGUGAUUUUUGUUUGUUUGUUUGUUUUUUAAAUAUAAACAACAGGGUUUUUUUUCGGGGUUUUUUCUAUUUCUGUUAUAUAAAUUUGAGUUAUUGAGUUAUAAGAUUGCUCUCUUUCUAACAAAAUUACAUGUAUCAUGGACAAUAGGUAACAACAAGCUCUUCAGUUAAGUGUGCAAUAAUUUUGUUGAGUUGCAUAUAAGUUUGAUGUGUUAGAUUGUUUGACCAAUAGAAUCGUGUCUUUUAUGAACAUAUUAAAUAUUGCAGAUACUUUUAUUUUGACAGUUGCAGAAUUUUGCAAUUUUCUGCUUUGACCUAAAUAGAUCGUUGUAAAAGGCAACGUUUGCUCAGCAGAGGGCGCUGUUAUCUUUGUUUUGAGCUGUUCGCUCAGCAUGCCAGCAGUUGGCGCAAUGUUCCUGGAAAACUACUGACAAAUUCAUUUUAAUCUGUUUUCACACCAGGUGGUUGGGUAAUCUAUACUGAACAGAAUUAGAAAUUAUUAAAAUGAUCCUAAUGAUUUAUGACACAUCAAUUAUCUAUAUAUAUUACACUGAUUCAUAAAUAGCAGAAAUAGAUGUCCAAUGAUCACACGACACACAACUGUAAAUAUGUUAUGCUAUUCUCAAUGCUUUUCUCUUAUGGACA